AUGGGACUUGGACCAGUUCACUGCGGCUCCUUCUUCCUCUUCUGUGCCUUUGCACUUUUGCUUAUUGCCACCAUCUCUUCGCCGAUCAUUAAACAGAUUGGUUUCUUGAACAUUCACUACAAUGGAGAGACUUCUCGAUUCGGUACAUUUGGUUACUGUCUGGACGGCGUAAGAGAAUGUUCCAAGUCUAAACUCGGAUACGACCUCACUCGUAUCACUGGUGCUGGACUAGACUACCGAUGGACCAACGAAACUUUGAACGGCUCCACCAAGGCCUUGAUCCUCCACCCCAUCGCCAUGGGAAUCGCGUUCAUCGCGUUCCUCAUUACCCUCGUCUCUGACCACGUCGGAUUCAUCUUUGCUGCCUUCAUCACUUUCCUCGCGUUCAUCGUCUCUCUCGUCGCCAUGAUCAUUGACUUUGCCGUGUUUGGAAUCGUUAAGCGAGAAGUCAACGACCACACCAAUGCCGUCGCCAAAUACGGAGUCACCACUUGGUUGACAUUGGCCGCUACCAUUGUCCUCUUCUUCUCCGUCUUCAUCGUCUUCUUCUCUUGCUGCACCCACAGGAAGAACCACCGAAAGGAAUACGACAACUCGUACAACAAUGCCGGAUACGUCGGAAACGAGGGAACAGCCUACGGUACCAAGCAGCCUUGGCACAAGCGAUUCUUCAACCGAAACAAGAACGCCAAUGGAAAGUACUAA